ACAAUAAUUUGGUUAGAUAUUUGUCCAUAUACAUUCUUGCCUACUGAUAAUAAUAUGGACAUGGAUAUUGGACAUUGUCCAAAGUUGUCUAUGUCCACUGAUUUUUUUAUGGACAUUGUCUAUGUACAUCA